CUCCCUUUGAAAGUUUAUAUGAGAAACGAAGCUCCGGAGAAAGGAGGCCUGAGACAAGAACUGUCACGUGGUGUGGUGCAGAAGCCGCCAUUGGCCCGUGGAACUGGAGAGGGCGUUCCGACGGCAGCGGCGUGGGUUCGCCAGUGUGACACAAUUACAACAACUUUGAGCUGUCGAUCGGGGGGAACUUUGUGAUAUUAACCAAAUUACACCAUUUCGGUACCCUGCAUGAGCAGCAUUCCGUGCAUCGUAUGUUGUUGGGCGCAUGAAGUAAUUUAUGUAGAACGAUGUAAAAAGAAGAUUAUCUGGGGGGAUUCUCAUUUCCUACAGGAUUUAGUUAAUUCUUUUAAAAUUACGUCCUGGGUGGAAAAAAGUUCCUGAUCGAAUCUAUUUUUGUUCGCUUUUUUAUUUUGGUGGGAUUUGCAUUUUCCUCCUCGCCGAGUUUCCAUGAAAUCGUGCGGAGUAUCGCUCGCCGCCGCCGCCUGCGCCGCUGCUCGAAGUCUCGGCGCUGCUGGUGAUGAGGAAAAGAAAAUGGCGGCGGGAAAAGCGAGUGAAACCGAGGAGGACUUUCCGAGGCUGACAGCGCAGGAGAGGGACAGCCUGGUCGGAGUAGACAGCUCUCUGUUUGGAUUUCAGAGGCUUCAUGAAGAUGGCGCCAGAACGAAGGCCUUGCUGCAGAAGGCUGUUCGCUGCUACGAUUCCGUAAUUCUGAAAGCUGAAGGAAAAGUUGAUCCAGAAUUGUUCUGCCAACUAGGUCACUUCAACCUCUUACUGGAGGAUUACUCAAAAGCAUUAUCAGCAUACCAGAGGUACUACAGUUUACAGUCUGACUACUGGAAGAAUGCUGCCUUCUUAUAUGGCCUUGGUAUGGUUUACUUCCAUUACAAUGCAUUUCAGUGGCCAGUGCAGCCCUGCUCUACAGAAGCCUGUUCUGGACAGAGAAGGGCGAUUAAAGCAUUUCAGGAGGUGCUUUACAUUGAUCCCAGCUUUUCUAGAGCCAAGGAGAUCCACCUGCGGCUUGGGCUGAUGUUUAAAGUUAAUACAGACUAUGAGUCAAGCCUUAAGCAUUUUCAGCUGGCUUUGAUUGACUCGAACCCCUGCACUUUGUCCAAAGCUGAAAUCGAGUUUCACAUUGCUCAUUUGUAUGAAAUUCAGAAGAAGUACCGUGCUGCCAAGGAAGCGUACGAACGUCUCCUACAAACAGAAAAUCUCCCUUCACAGGUGAAGGCAGCUACUCUGCAACAACUGGGCUGGAUGUAUCACACAGUGGAUCAGCUUGGAGACAAAGCCAGUAAGGACAGCUAUGCUAUCCAGUGUCUGCAGAAGUCACUAGAAGCAGAUCCUAAUUCUGGGCAGUCUUGGUACUUCUUAGGCCGGUGCUACUCCAGUAUUGGGAAGGUCCAAGAUGCUUUCAUUUCCUACAGGCAGUCUAUUGACAAGUCAGAAGCGAGUGCCGACACAUGGUGUUCAAUAGGCGUGCUGUACCAGCAACAGAACCAGCCCAUGGAUGCCCUGCAGGCCUACAUCUGUGCCGUGCAGCUGGACCAUGGCCAUGCAGCUGCAUGGAUGGACCUGGGCACCCUGUACGAGUCCUGCAACCAGCCCCAGGAUGCCAUCAAGUGUUACAUCAAUGCCACACGCAGCAAGUCCUGUACUAAUACCACAGCUCUCACAGCUCGGAUUAAAUGCUUACAGGCUCAGUUGUCAAACCUUCAGCAAAGUAGCCUACAGAAUAAAAGUAAAAUGCUUCCUAGUAUUGAGGAGGCAUGGAGCCUACCGAUCCCCGCAGAGCUUACCUCCAGACAGGGCGCCCAGAGCACAGCACAGGCACAGCAGGCCUGUAAACCUCAUCAAAAUAAUGAAGGUGGUCAUGGGCAGCAACAUGCUCCAUCACAGACAUUACCUCUGCAUAUGGGCUCAUCUAACCAGGGAGAUGAGCAGUCCAGCCCAGCCAAGAGGAAGAGGACGUUGAGCCCAGCAAAAAGUACAGACUCUUGGGCAAAUAAUCCAUUACCACAGCAAGUCCCCAACUGGUGCUUAACGCCUCAAAAGCUGCAGCUCCUGGAUCAUUUGCGGGCCAACCGAGUGACCCUCAAGCCGGAUCAGCAAAAGAUGUUGGAACAGCUGGAAAGCCAGGUUACCCUCAUGCAGCAGCAUCAGCAGCAGAUGAGAGAGAAAUCCUCUGGACAGGUGCGAGCCACGGUUCCUAAUGGGCCCUCAGCUGACCCUUCACUGCCACCUCAUCCUCACGCUGUACUGUCCCGGAUGCCCUCUGGCUCACAGCCCGCAGGCCGUCCGCUCUGCAGCGGUCAGGCCACAACCAACGGCCCCCUCCCUGCUGGCUCCACCCCAGCACCGGCUCACUUGGACACUGUUCCUGUAGGCAAUAAUCAUGCGGCGGGAGCGGGAAGCAAUGGAAAUGUGCCUUACCUGCAGCAAAACGCACUACCUCACAACUGCACGAGCCCGAGCAGCAGUAGCAGCUGUUGCAGCAGCACAGAGGAGCAAUGGAAAACCCAGCACACAAACUCCUCUCAGGGGCUUCAUAAAGGUCCAGGUUCGCAUUUGGCUGGUCCUAAUGGCGAACAGACUUUCUCUUCCACUGGGGCUUCCCAGCACUCCCAGGCAGCUGGCACUGGUGUUCAGAAUCAGGUUGGACCUCCCACCAUGCCCAGCAAUUCAUUACCGCAGGGGGCCGCUCUCAAUCACCUCUCCUCCCCUAAUCCCGCUGCUACCUCAGGUGGACCACAAGGCAUUACCUUAACCAAAGAGAGCAGGCCCUCAGGGAAUGGUGCUCCGCCAGGGCCUGAUCGCAGCAGGCAACUGGCGGGGACACCUAGCAACACCACCGCCGUAGAUGGACUCCCUAAUCAUGUCCAGCAGGUGGUGGCGGACACCACGUCCAGUCCCGGCCACACGGAAGCCAAGUCACCAGGUGUACUUAGUUCAGACAAUCCUCAGCUCUCUGCCUUGUUGAUUCGAAAAGCCACUAGGAAUGGGACACCCGGAGUCUGCGAAAAGGUCAACAACAUUCAUCUGGCUGUCCAGGAGAAUUCGGAUUCCUCCUCGCCCUCUUCCGCCAUGUCUACAGCCACUCCUUCUCCUAAGUCAGUGGAACAAGGCACCGCAAACAGUGUUACCAGCCUUAACAGCCCCUCGGUUGGACUGGGGCAUACUGUGAAUGGAAGGGACCCAGAGGACUCUCAGAGCCCAAAGAAGGUGGACCCUCCUGCAGUAUGCCACAAACCAAGCCCUUUGCUGACACCUUUGUCCUCAGUGUCCAUCUACCCCAGCUCAGCCGAUGUACUCAAGGCAUGCAGAAACCUGGGAAAGAAUGGUCUCUCCACCAGUAGCAUCUUGUUGGACAAAUGCCCUCCUCCACGGUUACCACCUGCACCCUUCCCUCCAUUGCCAAAGGACAAACUCAACCCCCCCACCCCUAGCAUUUAUCUGGAAAACAAGAGAGAUGCUUUCUUUCCACCUCUACAUCAGUUCUGCACAAACCCAUCAAAUCCGGUCACAGUGAUCCGUGGCUUGGCAGGCGCUCUUAAGCUCGACCUGGGCCUGUUCUCCACAAAAACCUUGGUAGAGGCCAAUCCAGAGCACCUGGUGGAGGUGCGCACACAGCUCUCCCAGCCCACCGAUGAGAAUUGGGAUGUAUUGGGGAGCAGGAAGACAUGGCGGUGUGAGAGCAGCCGCUCACACACCACCAUUGCCAAGUAUGCCCAGUACCAGGCCUCUUCCUUCCAGGAGUCACUGAGGGAGGAAAAUGAGAAGAAGGGCCAAAAAGACCACUCGGAUUCAGAAUCAACAUCUUCUGAGAAUGUGAGCCGACGAAGGAAAGGGCCCUUUAAACACAUCAAGUUUGGAACAAACAUUGACUUGUCAGAUGAGAAGAAGUGGAAGUUGCAGUUGCACGAGUUGAGCAAGCUUCCAGCAUUUGCACGCGUCGUGUCUGCAGGAAACCUUCUGAGCCAUGUGGGACACACCAUUCUGGGCAUGAACACAGUCCAACUCUACAUGAAGGUUCCUGGCAGCAGGACACCAGGUCAUCAAGAAAACAACAACUUCUGUUCUGUUAACAUCAACAUUGGACCUGGGGAUUGUGAAUGGUUCGCCGUACCAGAGCCUUACUGGGGUGUUAUGAAUGAUUUUUGUGAAAAGAACAACAUCAACUUUCUAAUGGGCUCCUGGUGGCCCAACUUGGAGGAUCUGUAUGAGGCCAAUGUGCCAGUAUACCGGUUUAUCCAGCGCCCAGGGGACCUGGUGUGGAUCAAUGCGGGCACUGUGCACUGGGUGCAAGCCGUUGGCUGGUGCAACAACAUAGCCUGGAACAUCGGCCCACUCACAGGACACCAGUACAAACUGGCAGUGGAGCGAUAUGAGUGGAAUAAACUGCAGAGUGUGAAGUCCAUUGUUCCCAUGAUCCACCUCUCCUGGAACAUGGCAAGGAACAUCAAAAUUUCUGACCACAAGCUUUUUGAAAUGAUCAAGUACUGCUUGUUGAGGACUUUAAAGCAGUGCCAGUUGCUUAAGGAGGCCCUAUUAGCAGCUGGAAAGGAGAUGGUGUGGCAUGGGAGGACCAGAGAUGAGCCUGCUCACUACUGUAGCAUCUGUGAGGUGGAGGUGUUCAACCUGCUCUUUGUGACAAGCGAGAGUAGCUCCCAGAAGACCUACGUGGUGCACUGCCAGGACUGUGCUCGCAAGGCCAGUGCUGACCUGGAGAACUUUGUGGUGCUAGAACAGUACUCAGUGGAGGACCUGAUGCAAGUCUACGACCAGUUCACAUUAGCUCCUCCUUUGCCUUCAUCUUCAUCUUGACAUUAACAAUUAUUGUUCCAUGGACAGUAAACAAGAACUAGGUGAAACAUUUCUGAUAUUCAGGAAGCGACCCAGUUGUGUCUGGUUUCUGUAGCUAUCCCACAAGGCUGCUGGCUGAAAGCUGUGUGUCUAUGCAACCUGCCAAGUGCGGAGUGUCAACCUACGGGAUGGGGGUGGGUGUCCACCCCCCAGGACUGUUUACAGCUGCUUCAGCUGUACUUAUAUAGAAGAGAAACAAAAAUAAUAAAGUUUUGUAUAUAUUGUCACAACUGGCAACAUCACAAAGACUACUGACUUGACAACCGCCUCUCUUUUGUAUUCUUUCUGGGCUGAUACUCAACCUUUUUCUCUUUCAGAUUUCCCCCUUAAAUGAGUACUAGCUUAGCUGGUCUUUUGUAUGGUAGAUAGAAAUUUUAAGUCUGUUUGGACAACAAAAUCCAAAAAAGGAAAAAAAAAAA